CUUUCUCAUUCCCUUCAUUUUCCCCUUUCAUAGACUUUUUCUUCUUUGCUUAACCUUUGUACAAAAAAGAACUCUUUUGUUUGUUUGUUUCUCUAUUUCUUUCACCUGGUUUUCUCUAUCUCAACCCCUUUUCAUACCCAAAUCCGCCAUUUUCUCAAAGAUUGUCCCGUUUUGCUUGUCAAUUUGUCUUUGUAUUUAAUAUUUUUCUUUCUACUUGGGUGUUUACUGUUUCUAUACCUCUAAUUUAUAUUCUUUUUGGGGGUUUUUUUUUAAUGGGUUUUUUGGUUGGUGAGCUGAAUUUUAGCUGCCCUCUAUUGACUUCGCCUAGAUCAUGGGCAGCUCGUCGUGUCCUUCAAUGUUCUCAAAACCCUUCUCUGGAUCAUCCCAUGUUCUGCUUUAAGCUCCUCAAUUUUCAAGUUUCCGUUGAUUUGCAAGUUUGGACAUAUGUGAAAGAGAGGGAACCAAGUUUUGGAGGAGACUAUGAAGUGUUUUUAUUUGUUCAACAAUGACAGAACCGUUGAGCCAAGGACAACCACGAAAUCUAAUUCGAUUCUCUCAUGUACUUCUAAUUCUACGUCGAUGAAUCAAGAUCUUAAGAUGUUUGACUCUGAUUUAAAUUCUCAGAAUGUCUCAGAGAUUAGUGUAGCAUCUUCUGUUAAGUCAUUUGCAGCUUUGUCUCAACGACAGAGUAAUCUUAGGGAGUUCACAUUCUCAGAUUUGAAAGCAGCCACCAAGAAUUUUAGCCGCUCGCUUAUGAUCGGAGAAGGAGGAUUUGGUAGUGUAUAUAGGGGCGCUAUCCGAAACUCAGAAGAUCCAUAUAAAAGAAUAGACAUUGCUGUUAAGCAAUUAAGUAGAAGAGGAUUGCAGGGUCACAAGGAAUGGGUGACAGAGGUGAAUUUUUUGGGCGUUGUUGAACAUCCAAAUCUUGUCAAAUUACUAGGCUACUGUGCUGAGGAUGAUGAAAGAGGGAUCCAGCGAUUACUCGUAUACGAAUAUAUGCCUAACAGGAGUGUGCAAGAUCACUUAUCAAGCAGGUUUAACAGUUCUCUUCCAUGGGCAAUAAGAAUGAAAAUAGCCCAGGAUACUGCUCGUGGUUUGGCAUAUCUGCAUGAAGGAAUGGAUUUCCAGAUAAUAUUUAGGGAUUUCAAGUCUUCAAACAUACUUUUGGAUGACCAGUGGAAUGCUAAGUUGUCUGAUUUUGGAUUGGCCAGGCUGGGGCCUACAGACGGAAUAAGUCACGUCUCGACAGCGAUUGUAGGAACAAUUGGAUAUGCAGCUCCGGAAUACCUUCAAACAGGAAGACUCACAGCAAAAAUCGAUGUAUGGAGCUAUGGAGUUUUCCUGUAUGAACUGAUUACUGGUAGGCGUCCCCUAGAUCGAAACCGUCCUAAAGGUGAGCAAAAGCUCUUGGAAUGGGUCAGACCACACCUAUCCGACUUAAAGAAGUUCGAGCUGAUACUUGACCCAAAACUCCAAGGUAAAUAUUCUAUAAAAGCUGCCUAUAAACUCGCCGCUGUAGCUAGCCGAUGUUUGGUUCGGAAGGCAGCGGCACGUCCCAAAAUGAGUGAAGUCUUGGAGAUGGUAAAUCGGAUUGUGGAUGGGGGCAAUCUCGAGAGCCCUCUGCUUCCCGAAAAGAGCUCAACUUCAAACAGUGAUUCUGAAGGAUCAAAAAGUGAAUCUUUGAGAAAAAGGAUCAUGAAUCCAUUUAUUGGAGAGAAUGGUUGUUUGAUUUGCCUAGCAUGGAGACCAAAAGUUGUGAGAACUUGUUGAACAAAGUUAAUAGGAAUGACACUGAGGUUUUCUCCUACUUUUUUGAAAAGGAAAUUUACUUGUGUAAAGAAUUACUACUUCUUUAACUGCUGGAUCAAGUACAGUAGUUUUGAUUGUGGAAGAUUAACUCAAUUGGUGGGUGGUAAUUUGGAUGGAAUUUUUUCAAUGAUUA